AUGUACGACGACUACGACCAUCGAUCUCGUGACGAGCGGGAUUACAGACGUAGAUCACCCGCUUCUAGGGACAACCACUAUCGUUCGCGGCAUGAAUCCUCUAGGUCGCCUAGAAGGACGCCUCCAAAGGGACCGAGGGGAGAGGAAUCCUACCGUAUCCGGCGCUCUCCAGUCGGGCGAAGACGAGACGCGUCCACCGAAUAUCGCCAACCCUUCUUAGAUCGUGCUACGAAGCCUGGUAGCGAGCCUUAUGACCACGAAACCGACUACUCGCCCGCAUAUGACCGCGACCGUGGUCGUGGCAGAGACCGGGACCGACACUAUAUAGACCGUGACGAUCCUCGCGGACGCUACAAGGACGUCAAUAACAACAGAAGUCCCCACCGUGCUAAUUCAGGCGCCUCAUCGCCUUUCGACUCGGCUGAUGACGGCUAUUACCAUGAACCCAGUCGCCGAUCUAGGUUCGGGCGGCCCUACCAUACCCUUAAACUAGAUGAUAUCCCGGAUAGAAUGAGCACGCAAGAGAUUGAUGCCGUCAUGCGGGAUAUGGGGGCUGUUGGUCUUGUUGAGGUUCGCAUCAAAUCAGACGACAGAAGCGGAGCCCGCCGAUCGUAUGCAUUCGCCGAGUUCAGAUCCGAAGACGAUGCUAUCGACUUUCUCGAGAGGCAUUACCCUGCCCUCGAUAUCGCGACGAGCUACGGCCCUUUUGUUCGCGUUCCUAUCGAGUAUAGUCGAGAGCGCCGGCAUAUCGCAAACCCGGACGAUUGGAAAUGUACCAUGUGUCAUUUCGAGAACUUUUCCAGGCGAGCAUCCUGCAAGCAGUGCAAAGCGCCUAGAUCAUCGGAAAAUAUCGCGGAUAUGAAGCUAGACGGCAAAAGCGACGAAUGCCCACAACAGACGCCAUCCCAGUUCCUCGUCAUUCGUGACCUAGCUUCCUCGGUAACCGAGACGAUGCUAGCUAGCGAGGUGAAGAGGCUUUACGUGUCCGGGGAAGAUGAACCUAAACAAUCUUCCGUCACGCCGAACAAGCUCAAGAGUACGGCUCCGGUUGGCAAUACCAGUGGGUUAGGUGCUAAGCCCGGCUCGCUGGUACGUGUCUUCAUGAUCAGAGACAAGUAUUCGGACAUCAGCUGCAACUAUGGAUUCGCCGAAUUUUUAACCAUAGACGAUGCACGAGCCGCCAUGGCGAAAUACGCCGCCUCUCCUCAGUUCACCAUUGCUUCGAAACCUAUUACUGUAGCAUUUAUCCAUUCUGGCGUCUUCAUACCGUACCUACGCCCGGUCCAAGACGAGGAGCGCAGAUUCACCUUCUCGGCAACCCACAACCAGUCUCUGAGACUUGUCUACUGGAAUCCAUCAGUUUAUGCCAACGAAUUCACCGUCUUCAACGAGAACUUGUACGAGGACAAGACGCAGACCGCAGAACAGCUCAAGAAUGACGCCGAUCGACCUAUGGGCAAAGACUCCAAGAAGAGGAAGGCAGAGAAAGAUCUCGUUGCGCCUAAUGGCAAAAAGGUCAUUGCGAUGGCUCCUCAACUACAGAAAUGGGCAAAUAAGCACGCUGAGCUCUAUAGACCCAAGGAUUCGAGUAGUGGUGGGGAUCCUGUCGACAACAAGGCGCCCGCAACUGGAUCGAAUGCCAUAGGGCCAACAAGCCUAAGCAUCCCAGCGGGCACAACGAUACAGGCGACCGUGUCAUACGCCGAUCUUGAUAAAAUGUGCUGCCUUCUGUGCCGACGCAAGUUCAAGAACGAGCCCUCGCUCCGCAGGCAUGAGCAAAUCAGCGAUAUGCACAAGGCUAAUCUUGAUAGUAAAGCACUCAUAGCCAAGGCAAUCAAGGAUCUGAAAGCUCUUGGCAAGGAGCCCGUGUCUAGCUAUCGGGAUCGGGCCAAGGAGCGCCGAAUGGCGCACAACCAGCCUAGCAAACCGAAACCCCAUCUUCCUAGAAAGAACCCCCAAGUAACUAAAGAUUCGGGACCGGCCGCGGAGGCGCCGUCGGUGAAGCCCACGAUUUCAAAGGGCGCGGGUUUGUUGGCUAAAAUGGGAUGGAGUACAGGGGAAGGUCUUGGGGCCGAAGGAGGUGGACGCACUGACAUUAUCGAGACAACGGCGUACGCCCCGGGAGUUGGCCUCGGAGCACAGGGUGGCAAGAUUGGAGACGCUGCUGAGGAGGCCGCUCGAGCCACGAAGAACGACUACGCAGAUUUCGUUUCGAAAGCGAAAGACAAGGCAAGAGAGAGAUACGAGCAGAUGGGAUAG